AUGUUUGUCACUGAAAUACUUACCAGGGCCAGUACCGGUGCCGUGGGAGCCGCAGUGGACUUGACAUUGGACCCAAAGCUCAAGUAUUGGGUCCUUUUCCCUAUCUCGAUCGUCAUGAUCUUGGUAGGUGUUUGUCGCCAGUAUAUAAUGGUGCUUUUGAGCUUGAAAACCACAACUGUGACUAGGAAAAGACUUACAGAGGUGCAGUAUAUCAGCAAGGCUCAGGCGCUGCUUGGAAAUGGCAGUAAUUUGUGCGAAGAGUCUUUUCAAAUGCGGAAAGAAUAUUUGGCAAAUGUUUUGGGAGAAGGCAAAUUCAUAGCGCAAAAGGAGAAGCCCGAAACUCCUCCUAACCCGCUCACAGAUCCGAAUGCUUCCGAUGCAAUGAUGAGCAUGGCAACUUCGAAUUUGGCCAAUUACAUCCCACAGACGCUUAUCAUGUGGUGGGUAAAUCAUUUUUUUGCUGGCUUUCUUUUGAUGAAAUUGCCUUUUCCCUUGACGAUCAAGUUCAAAGAGAUGCUACAGAAUGGUAUUAUGACGCCCGAUUUAGACCCCCGCUGGGUGAGCAGUAUUUCAUGGUAUUUCAUCUCCACUUUGGGACUUGCUCCCGUCAACAAUUUGUUUUUUAGCGGAUGGGGCAACGACGAACCCGAACUUCAAAUGAUAUCGCAGCAGCAGCAGCAAAUUCAAGCCGUCCCUGGUGGCCCUGCUCCCGAUGUUAUGAUGAAGGGUCUUGCUAAUGAUCUCACCAUCGCGCAACACGAAUCUUGCUUUGAUUCUAUAGAAGAAAGAGUCCUGAAGCUUUACGCCAAAUGA